AUGGAUGUCAAUGCUGACAAUAAGCCAGAUAUUAUUGUGACAAAUAGAAACAAUGCUAGUGUGGGUGUCUUAUUGAAUAUUGGCGAUGGAAGAUUCGCUACUCAAACAACCUAUGCAACAGGUGACAAUCCAUUCUCUGUAGCAGUCACUGAUAUCAAUUCAGACACUAAGCCCGAUAUUAUUAUAGCGAAUUUCGAAAGCAGCAAUCUUGGUAUCUUACUUAACCUUGGUGAUGGCACAUUUAGCCGUCAAACAACUAUUGCACUGAAUAGUAUGCCAAUAUCUGUGGCAGCCGCCGAUAUUAAUACUGACAAUAAACCGGAUAUUAUAGUGGGGCUUCCCAGCAGCAACACUAUCGGUGUACUUUUGAACAUGGGUGGUGGAACAUUUAGUACGAAAAUGGACUACGCAACAGGUUCAUACCCUAGACCUUUAGCUGUAGCUGAUGUUAAUGGAGACUAUAGACCAGACAUUGUAGUGGGCAACUUUCAAAGCAAUAACGUUGGUGUAUUUUUGAGUGUAGGUAAUGGCGUAUUUAGCCAACAAACGACCUAUGCAACUGGUAAUGGCCCAGUAUCUGUGGCUAUCGUCGAUUUUAAUGCAGAUGAAAAAGCAGACAUUGUCGUUGCCAAUUUCUAUAACGAUACUGUCAGUGUAUUGUUGAAUAUGGGUAGCGGAACAUUUGGAAUCCACACUACCUACACAACUGAUCCUGCUCCUAACUCUGUGGCUAUCGCAGAUGUUAAUAAUGACAAUAAACCAGAUAUUAUUGCGGCCUGCAUGGGUACUAAUAGAGUCAGUAUUCUAUUAAAUAUGGGAAGUGGCACAUUUGGUACAAGAACAACAUAUCCAACAGGACAUCUCCUUGUAUCUGUAGCCGUUGUAGAUGUUAAUGCCGAUAAUAAGCCUGAUAUAAUAGUUAAUAAUCAACUUGACAAUUGUGUUGGAGUUAUGUUGGCAAUGUGUGUGUAA